AGAAAUCCUCAAGGAAUCUACCUCCAGAUUAGAGUGUGAAGUCGUCCAGGGCAGUCAUCAUGUGCACCUUAACAACCCUGAACGAGUGGCACCACUAAUUAACAAUUUCAUGCUCUCCUAAGGAAAAUGGUGGGGUCCACGCGACCGCCAGCCAGUGCUCGCCAUCCACGGUUGGCUGGACAACUCGAACACCUUCGACCCCCUCAUCGCGAUGCUCCCCGCCAACCUGCCUAUUUUAGCCAUCGACCUUCCUGGACACGGCCUUUCCUCUAUGUACCCAGUCGGAAUUUUCCACCACUCCACUGAAGAUAUCGUGGCAUUGCGAAGAGUAGUCAAGCACUUCCAAUGGAAAGAAAAGUUAAACCUGAUGGGUCACUCGCUUGGAAGCAUUUACUCAUUUGUAUACUCAUCACUCUUUCCCAAUGAAGUGAAUAAGUACAUUGGUUUCGACAAUAUCAAGAUCACCGCGAAUGAUAAUGACAAAUUUGUUCGCCAGUCAGGCCUCGAAAUUGAUAGAUUCCUAAAAUUCAUGGAAAAUCCUGAUUAUCGUCCUGAAUACACCUGGGACGUAAUUGUCGAAAGACAGAAGAAAGGUUCAAUGGAUUCCAUGACAAUAGAAUCGACAAAACUAUUACUUCAGAGAGGUGCAUACAAGUCAGCAAAGAAGGAAGGCUAUUUUGGUUUCCGCAGAGAUAUUCGACAAAUGGUAUCCGUGCACUCUCGCCUACCUCAGGAGCACAUAAGAGAAAUGGCUAGUCGUCUCAGAUGUGAGGUUUUGUACAUCAAAUUUAAAGGAGCUAAAUACUACGAAGACAAGAGAAAAGUGGAUGAAAUCGUAGAAAUCAUCAAGAAAAAUUCCAAAUAUUUUGAGUACCAUGAAGUCGAGGGCACACAUCAUGGACAUUUGAAUAAUCCAGAAAAUGUUGCGCCAAUAGUGGGCAAUUUUUUGAAAACUAUCUAGUUACUGUUUUUCUUGCCUCUGUUAAGAUUUUUUUGUUUCUACCUCUUUAACUUUCAAUACUAGUAUAAAUUUAUAUUAUAUUUUCAAGUAUUUUUUUUUUAAAUAUUUGUAGUGGUUGCGGAGCCGAGCUCCCAUUCCUUUUUCAUUUUUAGCCUAGGGUAUUGUUAUUCAUGAUUGUUAGAAAUUCGUUAAUGCAACAGAGAGAGAGAUUUUUAAUUUAAAUUAGUUUUCGCCGGACACACGAGCCAACAAGUCGCAUCUUAAGAGUUCCGAGCGUUUAAUUGUGAAGGACCCGGCUCAAUCGGGUAAAUUCUUUUCUAAUUUUAAAUUGUUCUUCAAGACAAAUCUCUUUAAAUUGUCAAUUCUAAGUCGUGUAUCAAUUUUGUUUAAAGGUCCUUGUAAACUGUUAGACUAAGUCGCCAAGUGACUGACGUUUAUAAACAGAAGAAUUCGUUGAAAA